AUGCACACCCCGAGAGCUCCCGGGCCGGGUGGGGUGGCAUCGAGGGGUCGGAUGGGGGUGCCCGGCCGAUUGCAGCCCGCACCCUGUCCCGCAGGGCCCCCCGCCCGGAGCUGGAUGCGACGGCCCCAGAUCCGGGGGGGCGAACAUGGACAGGGGCGAUCUGAGCGUCGUGGGAGGGUGCUGGGGCCGGGCUGGGACCAUCAUCCGCCCAUGAGGUGGAAGACUCCUCAUCUAUCUCCUCCAGGACCGUCAGAGGCAGUGCCGGAGGUCGGCGGGCCAUUCCGGGAGCUACCCCUCCAGCCGACCACGGCCCUCCGGGGAAGGACAAGGUAG